CCUUUCUCUCUCUCUCUCUCUCUGUGCAAAACCUCUACUCCCUCUUCUCUCUGUUUUCCAACCGUGGAAUACAAGGACUUACCUUCCCAACAAAACCUCACACCCACCCCUCGUUUACUCCGAUCGACCUUUCCAUUCUAACGUGUUUACCGACAUUUGCAAUUGAACGAGAGAGAGACGGCCCUUCUCGUUUUCUAAAACCUCUUUUCCGCCAUUUCUUUUCUUCAUUACACUAGCUACCACACAAAACAUACAUACACACGUACAGCUUCUUUUUCUUUUUCUUCUUUUUGUUUUUUGCGUGAGGCAAAGAACAAAAGAUACUUUUUGAAAAGAAACAAGAGAAAGACGUCGUCCUUUUUUUUAAAUAUUUGCCAAUAUAUGAAAACGCAACAUGAGUUCAAACGACGUGAUUUGCCGAGUAUGCGCACUGUACCCAUAUGUUUCGACCGACGCUUCGUCUUUGUCAUUUGAACAAGGAGCAGUCAUUGAUGUUCUGGCACAACUCGACUCUGGCUGGUGGGACGGCUGGUGCAACGGGAAGCGUGGCUGGUUUCCAAGCAAUUAUGUUCAAGUUAUCCCAGAAGACACCAGCAACAUCGAGUCGCUCCACAGUAACAACGACAUAACUGACGACGCAUCAAAUAUCAAGGACGCACAAUUUUGGAACAACAAUAACCUUCAACAAGCACCACCACCACAACAUCAUCAUCAGCAUCAUCAUCAAACACAUACACAAGACCAAUGGACACAGAAACGUGCGCAUCGUCAAAGCAGACAGCAACCACUUGAAACCGAACAACAACAACAACAACAACGCCAUCUAAGGCUAAGCCUGGCAACAUCUGAUGUCCUGACACCCGCUACUGAUCAGAGUCAGCAAAUACCGCAACCACUUCCAGUGGAACGAUCCGAUUGGAUAUUGCAAACGACAGAAGAUGGCUCCGAAGUCUACUACUACAAUGUAGUGACCAAGGAAAUGCGGUACUCUGUUCCUACAGAUGAUCCCACGUACAAACUACCACCGACAACAGCGACUAAUGGUUACGAUCCUACCAUGUCUCCUCCAGCAUCCGAGAAUUAUCGAUCGAUCGACUAUGGCAGUGGUAUUGGUGGGGACUUCAACAGUGAUCACGACGAGUUUGACGAGACGCGGCCGAUGCGAUCUUUGCGUGGUAUUACCAAUACGACCUUUGAUAGUCAGAGCUUUAUUAGUGCGGGCACAACAACAUCGAGCUCUAAUUCAUUGCCAAGUGUCCGUACUAACCGGUCGGGCAAUGAUGACCAGCUCCCACCGAAUUGGGUACGAAAAUCAACUCCCAAGGGUCGAGAAUACUAUUGUAACCUAAUUACCGAUGAAACAACCUGGACUCUAGAUCAUGUUGAUCCUCAAUCCGGUACCCUGCUUACGCCUGCUUCACCUCAAACACGGAGCGCAGACGAUAUGCGACUUAGUUUAGCAACAAUGGGCGGUCAUGGCAAUAGGGCCGAGUUACCCCAGUCAUGGGGUCAGCUGUCUGCAUUGAUCGCUCACGCUAUCCGUAAUUUAAAAGGCUCAGUCAAACAAGGCCAGAUCGGCCUUUUCCGCGAAGACGCAUUACUCGUAGUCCAACAUAUCCGACUCCUCCUCUAUGUCUCCAACUCGGUGGAUAAGGAAAGCUCACCGUAUCUCAAAAUUAACAAGCAAUUGAAAACCUACCACCGAGCACUACUCGCAGCACUCGCCAAACUUGUUCUGUCCGCCAGAGUAGCCUCAGGUGCUUGGCCACCGUCUGAAGCGAUUGGAAAACUGCAGCUAGAUGCCGACGAAGUACUGAUGGCCGUGCGCAACUUUUUGACGAUAGCACAGGAAAUGCGGAUUGAAGUACAUGACAGCAAACCUAAGCUUUUACGAGAAGGAACGUCAACCUCGCGAUGGCGAACGACGUCUGGUAUGAAUGGCAACAAACCCGAUGCCAUGACGACGCUCCUUGUACUUGCCGACAAUGUUCACGGUGCGAUAGCGUCAUUUAUGGACAGUGCUCGAGAAGCAUUCACGGUCGCAGAUGACGCUACUGUUUUGGCCAAAAUCCAGUCAUCCACACCGCUGUUAGUCGCACAAUUCCGUAACCUCAGCAAUACAACGAGCCAGUUCUUAAAUUCGGUCGAAGAUAUCAGCAAUGGCCAUCUGGCAGGCCGCACGUCACGAUUCAACGCCUCCAAACAGUCCAUUCAUAAUGCCAUGGGGUCCUUAUUUAUUGCAUCUCAAAGCAUCACUAAUCAAGACAUUGCUGCUGAAAAAAUUCUGGUCAUUUUUGAUCGAAUAGAAACGAGCGUCAAAACGAUUGAAGCGAGCGUUCAAGAUAUUUGCAGUGUCAGUCAUCAAGCUGCUAUGGAAGCUUCAACCAAAGCAACAGGACCAGUGCCAUCACCCCCAACAUCACUUACCAUGGAACAACCCGGCGCUGGCCGUCGGCCAUCCCAUGACUAUGCAACACGCCCCAAUUUUAUUACCGGUAAUAACAUUGCUGCUGGUCCUCCCAGCAGGAUCAGUCGCUUGGACGGUAUUGAUGAAGAACGACGAUUGGCCAACACGGCUGGUGGAAACCCAACGACUGCAGAAACCACAUUUGAUCGCAAUGAUUCAGCAAUCGACGAUUUUGUAGAAUCACGCCAACAACCAAAGGACAAACUCGCCAAAUUUUUUGGGGAAGAUACCCUUGCCGCAUCACGUCGCCGAGAUACAAUCAUCAGCACACCAGGCAUAUCCAGUCCUGGGAGUUUGCCAUCCACAUCAACGAGCGCCUACAUGCCGCCUUCUGAGCGAUCGGAUUAUCUCGGCUCGGAAUAUAAUCCAAAUGAAAUCAUAUUUAACAUGGAAGGCAAUGUCAAAGGUGGCACAGUUACUGCACUUGUCCAAAGACUUACUCAACACGACCAGCUUGAUUCUAAAUUUAUUACUACUUUCCUUCUCACCUACCGCUCGUUUUGUACCACCCCAGAACUAUUUGAUGCGCUUUUUAAACGAUAUACUCUACCACCACCGAUGGAUUUGACACAAGAAGAACUUGAAAAUUGGCAAGAGAAAAAGCUUAAGCUUGUUCGACUCCGGGUGUUCAACGUGCUUAAAUCAUGGCUAGAACACUAUUACAACGAAGAGGAAGAUAGACCCAUGCUACCAUUGCUAUACGAAUUCAACGACAACAUUGUUCGCGAAUCAAUGCAAUUCGGCGCCGAACAGCUCAUCAAACUUAUCCGAAAGCGUAUGGAUACAGAUGAUGCGGGCCAAAUCAAGAAAAUGACAUUGAACGUGCGUGCUUCGGAUAUGCCACAACCCAUCCUUCCAAAAAACAUGAAGCGAUUACGGUUCUUGGAUAUCGAUCCGCUUGAAUUAGCGCGACAACUGACGAUCAUGGACUCCAAGCUCUACAGUCGUAUCAAGCCCGUCGAAUGUUUGGACAAGAAUUGGGGUAAAGGCGACGCUGAUAAUGUUGCUGCCAAUGUCAAGGCAUCCAUUGAAUAUUCAAAUCAAGUGACUGCUUGGGUUACCGACUCAAUUUUAAGCAAAGAUGAAGUGAAAAAGAGAGCUGCUGUGGUGAAGCAUUGGAUUACCGUUGCUGAGAAAUGUCGGUUACUCAACAACUACAAUACUUGCAUGGCCAUCCUUUCUGCAUUUGACAACAGCUCCAUCGGUCGAAUGAAGCGGACUUGGGAGCUCAUGAAUGCACGUACUACACAAACACUCACCGGUAUCCGACGAUUGAUGGGUGCCAACAAAAACUUUAACGAAUAUCGAGAUAUAAUCCACAAGGUUAAUCCACCUUGUAUCCCUUUCCUCGGCAUUUACCUCCAAGAUCUUACAUUUAUUGAAGACGGCAACAGCAACUAUUUGAAAAAGUCCAAUCAUUUGAUCAAUUUUGGAAAACGAAUGAAGACGGCUGAAGUCAUUCGUGAACUACAGCAAUAUCAGUCGACACCGUAUCUUUUACAGGCUGUUCCUGACAUACAAGAAUUCAUCAAGACGCAUUUACAAUCAAGUAGAGAUGAAGAAACGCUGUACAACCUGAGCUUAACAUUAGAACCUCGUGAACGUGGAGAAGACACAAUCGCACGACGAUUAAAGGAAUCUGGCUUGUAAAAUACGUGAAAUGGAAAUUGCCCCCCCACACAUCAUUUUGCCAUCUUCAAACACCCCUUCCACACACUCACACACGAUAUCACUUUCCUUCCUUUCUUUAUAUACUUUUUUAUGCAUUUAGUCGACCAUUGAAGAGUGUCUUUACUAUCGCUACUAUCAUACUCCACCUCUCCCUACACAACAACACCUUUCUCUCAACUACAACUUUUUGCUCUCUAUCUCUCUUUUCCCUUGCGAAAUAUAUUACAUUACGCGCUGGUCCUUUCAUUCUUAUUAUUAUUAAAAUGUUCAAUAAUUGCAUCAUUUCACCUCUCUACCUUUUAGUCACUUUAGUGUGAAAGAUUCCAAGAAGCUUCGUAUAUAUUCGUUGUUUCCUGAUACCAUUUUAUCCAUAAAAUAAAAGUCCACCGAGCUACACAGGGUAUGCAGCACCGAGAAUCCAUACAGAAAAGUGGGAAGAUGUUGAUCUUCCGAUUAUUGUUUUUUUUAGUAUGUAG